AUGCAAGAUCGUCCUGAUGUGAGGCUUGGAAAAGAAUAUGGACCAUAUACUAUCAAGGAUAUUAUCGGAAGAGGCGGUUUUAGUGAUGUUUAUAGAACAAUUUGCUACGAUAGCGGUAAAGAAUUUGCAAUGAAAGUUGAAAGUAUCGAAGCUUCAAAACCUCAUAUUGAAGAAGAAAAAACCGUCAUGAAAUUAAUUGAUGGCUCCGCAUAUUUUCCAAAAUUUUAUCAUUUUGGCAAAACAUCUUCAUUCAAGUUUAUUAUUAUGGAACUUCUUGGUCCAAAUCUUACAAGAAUUAGAAAAUCUCUUGUUACAUCUAAAUUACCUCUUUCAACAGCGCUUCGAUGUGGAAUUGAAAUGAUCAGGUGUAUUGAAGAACUUCACAGAAAAGGAUUUGUUCACCGUGACAUCAAACCUUCUAAUUUCAUGAUUAAAGCAAGUAGAUCAACUCCUUUAGCACUAAUUGAUUUUGGUUUAUGCAGAAGAUACAUAAAUACAGAUAAUAUGGAAGUAAUUCCACCUCGAACAGACGGGCGAUUUGUAGGUUCUAAAAAAUAUGCCUCAAUAAAUAGCCAUUGCGGACGUGAAUUGUCCAGAAAGGAUGAUAUCAUCAGCUGGUUCUAUUCUCUCUGCGAACUUGUCGCAGGUAAACUUCCUUGGGAUGGAGAAGAAGAUAUCAAAAAGAUUAAAAAGGAAUUGAAUUAUGAAGAAUACAUUAAAGCCAACUUUCCAAAACAAUUCUUUUCAAUAUGGAGAACAAUUAAUAUGCUUAAAUACGAAGAUUGUCCAAAUUACGCCCUUUUUAUAUCAUUUUUAGAUGAUUGUAUGAAAGAUUUGAAAUGCACUUGGUACGAGCCUUUUGUUUGGGAAACUAUGGAUCAAGUAGCAAUUGUGAAGUUAUCUCCUAUUUCGUUACUUCCUCCAAUCGGCGAUAAUCCAAAUGUACCUACAAAUCUUCCUCCACCUUAUGUGCCAGGCGAAGAACCAAAACAAGAAAAGAAAGGUUGUUGCAGCAUAGCUUAA